AGAAGUUGGAAGCGCCUCUACGUGUAGCCGUUUCUUCUUGGACUGUACUACCCAUGUUGUUGUCUCGCUUUUUGGCAGCAUAAACCACACCAACACGGAAUACGUUGCGGAAAUGUACGCCGAUGAAACAGCCACGACGCGGUAUUGAUAUUGUGUGAGUGGAGCGAGCGGAAUUGCAUCGUAGCUUGUACAAAUCACGGAGGCUGCUUAAAACACUUCCUGGCGCGAUUCAGUUUGUUGACAAAUCUUGUAAACAUGAACUGUGACAUAUUUGUGGAUCUGCUCAGUUAAUACUGAGCACAAGUGGCGCCACUGUAUAGACACGCAAAUACGGGCGAGUUCCGCACGGGCUCACCUUCUGUUGCUGUUAGCUUAGCAUUCGGCGCCGUGGGUUUUGGCAGGCUUUGGACGUCAGCUGUUUGUGGCGCUACAUCAUUACGGAACAGAUCACUGACCACUAUCACGCAUACUAUCAUGUCAGCCUUUCGUGGUUGCCUCCGCCAGAGUUUGGUCUCAUUCAUUCUUCUCACUCCUUUCUCAACAUUUUGACGUGAGCCGCGGUUGGGUUGGGGUCAGAGGUCACGGAGAGGUUGUUGGCGUGUCAAAGGGCACGCGAACGCAUGACGUCAUUCUUGGCUGUUGAGCGAACGUUAGCAAGCUAACGUGGCUAGCACAGUGAGACGGGCCGGUGAUGCCUGCAGGCGAGAGUAACUGGACAAACACCCAGGAAAGAUUUCACGAGACGCCAGAGAAGCACACGAGGAAGAAAAAGUCCAAAAAGAAAAACACUGAAAGCAAAGAAAGCAUUGUGCUUCAAACUCUUCAAAAUGUCAGCCUUAACGACAAGGAGGUCAAUGAUGACACCACGCAUCAUUCCCAACACAGCAGCAGCUCCUCGCCUCCCCGACAUAACAACAUGAACAUCAACAACAGCAGUAACCAAGAGGACAUUCAACCAUCUAAAGCCAAGCCGAAGAGCAAGAGAGCCCUUCCCAGCCGUCCUUUGCCCGACGAAGCCGCGGGCUUGGAAGCAGAAGACCUCCAAGACGCCAGACGCACGAGUAAGAAGGGCAAACGGAAAGAAGUUGGGAAGGGGGACCGCGAGGUGGAGCACGGUGGUCACGACAAUGACGAGCUGCUGCUGCAGUACCAGCAGCAGAUGGUACCGGAGGACGACAUAAAGGCAGAGGACUCGGUGAAUGACGACACGGGCAAGAAGAAAAAGAAGAAGCCAAAAUCUGUGACCACCGAGUCGGAGGCUGGAGAUCACGGCCAGGAUGCUGAUGUGGAACAUGACAGCAAGAAGAAAAAGAAGAAGAAAAAGUCAAGUUCAGCUGUGGAAGAAGAUGGUACCGAGGCAGCGCCCAAGAAGCCCGUCACUGAUGACGGUCUGGUGCUUGGGGUGUACGUGCACAGAACAGACUGCCUCAAGACGGACCUGCGCAUCUCUCAUCCCAUGGUCAAGGUCCACUUGGUGGAUGAAGUCACUGGCCAGUACGUGAUGAAGGAAGACAGCCACCGUCCAGUGUCGUCUUUUUACGAACAAGACCGUGUUGACCACAUCUUGCCCAUCAUGACGCAGCCUUUUGACUUCAAGAAGAACAAGACGGUCAUUCCUGAGUGGCAGGAGCAGAUAAUCUUCAAUGAGCCCUUUGGCCACUUUGUCCAGCAGGACUCUAAGGGCCCCAACGUGAUCCUCUUCUUUGAGAUCCUAGACUUUCUAAGCAUGGAGGAAGCCAAAGCCAACGUUGAUGUUGACGUGAACGAGCGGGGGUUCCGAAAGAUCGCGUGGGCCUUCCUCAAGUUGGUGGGAGCCAAUGGCGUGCUGAAUGCCGGCAGUAAACUUCGCCUCCAGCUCUACUGCCUGCCCACAUGGGUGCGGAGACAGCCGGGCUCCAUUGAGGUGGUCGAGUGGUGGCGGCAUUACCCUCGAGUCAAAUACGCGUCCACACUUUACGUGACGGUGAAAGGCAUCAAAAUACCUCAGCAUGUGGACCCCAGUAUUCGCUCCAUGAUGGCGCUGCAAGAGGAACGAGGCAGCACCUCCUACAGCGAGCUGCAGGACGGCGCCACCAAAAGGAUGUCAACGCCACACUUGGAAGACAAGCCGACGGUGCUGAAGUGGAGCAGGCUUCCCGGACAGGUGUGCCGGAUACCUAACAAGCCCAUGCUGGCAUUCCGUGGCGGUCAGAUGGGAUGCUUGACUGUGCUCUUUUCUCAUGCUGGGACUCUCCUCGCUGCUGCUUGUGCUGACAGGGAUACUUUCCCUGUUGUAGUGUUCGAGAUCCCCUCUGGGAAAGUCUUGGCUGCCUUCAGCGGCCAUUUAAAGAUUGUCUACGAACUCUGCUGGUCCUCAGAUGAUACACGCCUUUUGUCCGCCUCCUCGGAUGGAACUGUCAGGGAGUGGAAUGUGGACAUGUUCCUGCCAAAUGCCAGGAAAGUUCUCCCACAUCCUUCGUUCGUCUACUCGGCCCAGUACCACCCAACGGCCCAGAACCUGGCGGUGAGCGGCGGCUACGACUAUGUGCUUCGUCUGUGGCGGCUGGAUGUGGACGAGGUGAACGGCCAGCUCCUGCGAGAGUUCGAGGCUCAUGGCAGUUUCAUCAACACUGUUUGUUUUGACGCAGCAGGGCAGAAGAUGUUCUCAGCAGACAACACGGGUAGUAUCAUUGCGUGGAAUACCUCUGUAAGCGGCCGUCAGCCUUGGCGUCACUGGUCUGUGGAGAAGAACCUUGCAGAAGAGGACCUGAAGGGAGUGCCCAUCAACAUGCUGCAGGUCCAUUCAAACGGGCGCUGCCUCCUCAUUCAUGCCAAAGACAACAUCCUGAGAACAAUGGAUCUCAGAAUUUGGACGGUAAAAACCUAUGUGGGAGCCACAAACCACCGAGAGCGGAUCUACAGCACCUUCACGCCUUGCGGGAGCUUCAUCUUCUCCGGCAGCGAGGACGGAAUGGCGUACGUUUGGAACACUGAAACUGGUGACCAGUUGGCCGUGUACUCUGAACUUUGCUACAGCUCGGCUCUCUGCGGCGUAUCCUUCCAUCCUCAUGACAACAUGGUGGCUUUCUGCGCCUUCGGAGAAGGCCAGCCCGUGCACGUUUACCUGCACGACCGUAAAGUUUCCCAGCUGGACGUGCACAGCAUGAAAGAGCUCGGGUCGACGUCAGCCGACACCAGAACCACCAGGAACACGCCCGACCCGCUUCACAGCACGUCCGCUUCCUCCGCCGUGGAUCAGUUCAGCCAGGCGGCCAGGCUGGCGUUGAAACUGCAGCGAGUCAAAGAGCAAAUGGAUUCAGUCCUUGAGCCCCAUCACAGAUCUUCAAGUGGAUACGAGCCAGUGACAGGAAGGAGCUUGUUAUCGGACAUGAGCGUGAUAAGAUCCAGUGCCUUGCUGACUCCGCUGUCGGGCGGCUUCAGUCCGGUUGGUCAACAUCGGAAGGGAGCGUCGUCCUUAAGGCUUCCGACUGCUGUUCUUCCGAGCUACAACCCUCGAGUGGACCCUCCGCACCAAAUGGUGGUCUCGCUGUACGACUACAAAGCCAACCGCUCAGACGAGCUGACGCUGCGGCGUGGCGACGUCAUUCGCGUGCUGUACAAGGACAACGAGAACUGGUGGUUUGGGAGCCUGGCGGACGGGCAGCAGGGAUAUUUCCUGGUGGCUUACGUGGAAGAUCACAGAGACUCCGCUGAGGAUGCGGUGGAGGGGCACACGGUGGCGUCUGAGGGGACAGUGGAGAGGGCCACGCCCACCAGGAUUUCCGCCGCAAUAACUGCUUCUGGGGAACUUCGAUUUCUCUCGGAGCCCACCCUUUCCGACACCGAGCCGGAGGCGACAGAAGCCAAGCUUAAAAAGAAAAGAAAGGUGAAAAAGCCGUCGUCUGAGGCCACCCUUUCCGACCCAGACGUGGCGGAGACGGACGGCAGGCGACUCCGACCAGUUCGUCGUCCUCUACCGAAGAGACCAAGCAGACGAGCCGGCGCUGCUUUGCAGCUCGAUGCAUGAUUGGCCACUUUCUAUCAGGUUUUUAUGGAAAGAUGACAAUCCUUGCAGGUGUUUAUUUUUGUAAUUAAACAUCUAAAUGGAGGUUGUUUAUUCAUUAUGCGGGACUGGAUUUCUUAUUUUGUUCUUUUGGUUGUUUUCUUACAUUGUGCAUUGACAAUUCUUGUCACAAGUCCAUUAACAGUUUGAGGCAGUUAAUUUUUAUAUUAUUUUUUUUUUACAUUCUUAUCCAUCACGUCAUCUUUUAUAUGCUGUAUCUCGGUUACAAAGUACAUCAGCGGGUGGCACAGACAUGCAGUAGGCUGUUCAACAUUUACAUAUUUACAAGAUUUAUUCAAAUAAUGCUAAAAAAGAAAUGCUGCAUAAUAGUGAUGCUCCGACUGAUCGGCCACCGGUCAAUUUCUCGUGAUCGGUGCAUCCGAUAAACGCCCUUGAAAGCCGAUCACAGAGAAAUAAAAUCACUCCCAUAUCAAACCUAUCUCAGUUUGACUAUUUCUGCAUCUUUGUUGACAAACUUUGCCUUGCUGUCACUGGCUGUAGCGCUAGCUAGCUAACUGGAGAUAUCCACCUAGCUGCUGGUCGUCUGACUCCAAAUGGGACUUUUUACCACAGUGACGGUUUUUUUGAACAAGCAAUGCAGUUAGUUUGGAGCUCAUUUUUGUCCCACGGGGGAAGUGGAUAUCAUGUUCAUGGGGCGCAUACUGACUUUUUCAAGUGUCACUCAACAAUUUUGUUCUUGUCAUACUGAUUGUCUUGUCCGCCAAGCACUACUUGCGUGUGGUUGUGUAAUGAACAUAAAGCAUGAUGAUGAUGAUACUAUCACGGGGGUCUCCUAGCUGGACAGUUCAUUUUGAAGGUGAAGUUGAAGCUUAUAAUUGAACAACUUAUUUCCCAAAUAUUUGUGUUAGUGUUCCCUCGCUCUAUCGCGAUUCACCUUUUGCAAGCUCGCUGUUUCACUGAUUUUUUUUUGUUUGUUUUUUUACAGCGUAUGAAUGCUGUUACAGGCAGAGCCCGGCCCUUUAAGAACAGCUGCAUUGUGGGAAGUGGAGUGUUUAGCACAAGGCGGCGGUGUCUGUCUCUAUUCUCUCUCUUCUGUCUGCACUGCCUAUUGUCUUCUGCAUCCUGAUUGGCUGUCGACCACUGUCAAUCAACCUCCUUCGUGCCGUCUCUUGUUGUGGUCGUGGCUCUCAAACUAGCUAACCGUGUGAGCUGUUUGCUAACCACCAACACUGUAAACAAUUGUAGUUAACCGCAUGUGACUGAACACUGUAUAGUUUUCCCACAGUGUCGCUGAAACGUUGUGCACCCAAAAGGCAGAGGAAGCCAACCAUCACAGCAAAAAGUUGGACUUCUGGUCAUGCUGAAAGUUUUGCGGCUGUCGGCCAUUACGGAUUACUGUAAAUCGAUCUUGUGUUCAUGGAGGACCAGGAGGAGGAUUAAAACACGGAUACAAAAACGCCACAGCGAGAACGAAGAGGCACGGUCAGAGGAGUGAAGUACACGUGAGGCACUUAAUUUGUGUACAAGCUAGUAGCUUGAUCAUUAAAAUGCAAAUGAAAGUUAACUUUGACAGUGUUUACAAUGUGAGAAUGUUAAUGCCUGCCUGACAAGUGUAUAGUGAGGGGUUUUACAGCCUUAAAAAACAUAAUUGUUCAAAAAUUAUAGUUGGCUACUUGGCGGAUUUGACUUAUUGGGGCCUAUUUCGGGAACCUAAACGUGGGAACACCGUACUCCAAAACAUGCAUCAAAUUAAAUUCAGCUUUGUGUCAAAAUAAAGGCAAAAAAACAUCCACCCAAUAAUUCAUUUUAUAAUCAUGACCCAUUUGCCGGGGGCAAAAAAAAUGUAGAAUAAUCCAUGUGAUCGGUAUUGGCUGAUGUCAGUCAUGGAUGAUGGGUAUCGGAAUCAGCAACAUAAAACCCUGAUCGGAGCAUCCCUACUGCAUAUAAUUGUGACUGCACGAUAUACCCGUCGUAAAAGUAAAAAGAAACAUUGCUUACUGAAGCAAGCGUAUGAAACGUGAAUGUAGUGUGUUGCUAUGAGGUUUCCUGUCAUGUGACUUCCUUCUCGACAGUCUCAGUCAUUCAGGAGAGGAAGAGUUUCACUUGGUCUCCUCUCUUCUGGAACCCUUCAACAAAAAACAGGAAGGUAAGUAAAUGCACAUGUAUAGUAAUUAUUAGGGGUGCACGAUCAUUAUCGGACCGAUACGAUGGAAUUAUGAUGUCACAUCAAUAAGUCCGACAAUGUUAGAAACAAGGGAAGACCCAUGAAGCACACAAAAAACCUUAUCAGCCACCUGAAAGGCCAGCACAGCGGCGUUUGAAAAGCACAAAAGGUUUGCCAGAGACCUCCAUAGCGUCACACCGGCUGCUCGGAGCAUGUGCCCGAAUAAAGUGCACCUUGCUGGGCCACAGCAGGUAGCUCUCUCUGCUUUAUACUCUGGUUCCCCUGAUAGUAGUGAUGUCGUGAUGUUUGAUUAGGACAAAUCAACAGGUACAUUGGUCUAAUCCACAUUUGUUCCAGUCCUCCUUACCUCCAGGUGUGCACAAACUACAGUUACAUCUACAUAAAAAAAAGUAGAUAUAAAGUAUCAAUAUAUCACUCUUGAGAAGCAGUUUGGGGGAAAAAAAAGAUAUCGUGCAUCUCGAGUAAAUAUCUUCACCAUUUCGGGUGGACAAUCUAAUGAGAUCCAAUACAGUACAUGCUCCACAAAAUAGCAGUGGUCAGUAUCAGCUUCAUCUACCUCUUCAUGCGCUUUCAAAUGAAUAGUGACUGAGCAGUUUGCGCCUGGCUGCUAUUACAACACUGGUUCUGUUAACGUCCAGCCAAGUCCCAGGUAGUCCAGUCAAAGUCAGGUUUGAUUUCCUGUGGUACCAGUGCUCAGUGUGGACAAGGUCAAUGAGAUAAGAGGCGUGCAUCAGCGUGUAACGAUCCACCGAGUUGAUCGCCGUUGUUACUCAUUCACUGAACACUUGUAAGACAGGCAAUACAGCCCAGUCUUGUAUCGAAUCAUUAGAUUGUGUUUCCAGACGUUUUAUUGCUUCUCUAGUUACCGUGUGCAUUGUGUUGUGCACAGACAGUAAGUGUUGUUAUGGAUACAUACAGGACAUGCACUCGUAUGUGCAAGUCAGCUAUAUAGUAGACGUGUGUGGGCUGUGGUUACCUUGGUGGCUCCGCUGGAUGUGAAGCGUAAUACAGCGCCAGCAGGAAAGCCUGACGACACAAUCAGCCAUAAAUUAGCACAGACUUCAAACGAUGUCCCUU